AUGAACGCCAUCAACAGUGGCUACCCCGGCCCCUCCCAGAUGUCUCCUAUAGAUGUCAUCUUUCCCGGUUUCAGUAUGGUCUCAACCACCGCACACCAACUGCUUGCCGGUAACCUGGACAGCUACACCCGACUCUUUUGUAUUUUCGUGGUGUUUGUCCUCGUCACCCGCUACGGAGUCAACUAUGUGUGGGGGAUAUCUAAAGCCUCCACUAUCUAUGUCUUAUACUACGACGAAGUAUACGACAUGCUAGUUGACUGGAUUGCUGAUCAACUGUUUAUCCACAAUGCUCAUUCAUUAAUUGCUCGAAUGUGGACGAGUUCCUGGACCAAGACAUGUAAGACUGGGCGUCGGGGCAGUGUCGACACGGACCAAGAUGGCAAUUCACAAUCUGCAGUCACCUUAUCCGGGCUCCUGAAUGUGUUCGACGGUGUCUCGUCUCAGGAGGGCUGGAUACUCAUCAUGACCACGAACUAUAUCGACUAUCUGGACGAAGCCCUGGUUCGGCCUGGCCGAUCAGACAAGAAAGUCCAUUUCAAACUUGCCGAUCAGGACAUGUUUUCUCAGCUCUUCCGCACGGUUUUCAAGCAGUUGCCGAACAAAAAGCAAUGCAACGAGAGAUAUGACGACGAAAUGAUCGAGGGGCUUGCUCGUGAGUUUGCCAGCAAAGUACCCGAGCAACUAUUCAGCCCGGCAGAGGUUUUAUCAUUUCUUCUGGAGCGGAAGAAGUCACCCUAUGACGCGGUUUCUGGUAUAGAGAGCUGGAUGGCGAAAGCGAAGGAUUGA